AUGGGAAAUAAGUUAAAAUCAUAUAUCUCACUUGGAUUUAUAUUGUUUAUUGUUAAAGUCAUUUUGAUAGCACUAUUACAUAUCACAUUUUCAGUCGCUUCAGAGGAAUAUGAUGAGAUGGCGUAUGCUGUCCCUACAGAAAAUAUUGAUAUUGAUCUGUUUCUGAAAUCACAUUCAUCAUAUAAUAAAUACACUACUUCCCAAAAGAAUUUGAACGCAACUGUUUUAGCAUAUGUAACACCUUGGAAUAAAUUAGGAUAUGAAGUAGCAAAAAUAUUUGGUGGUAAAUUCAACCUUAUUGCCCCUGUGUGGUUUGAAGUCCAAGGUGAAAAAAAAGCAUAUACAGUUACUGGGAUCCCUGAAAUUAACACUGCAUGGCUUGGUGAAAUUCGCACUGUAAAUCCCGGUGUAAAGAUAGUACCUCGGUUUUCCUUCAGUCCAUGGGAAAACCGAGAUUUUGCCGCAACAUUAAAAGAUGUUUCUAAAACAGAUAAAUGUAUUCAAAAUGUGAUCAAUAUUUUAAAGAAAUAUAAUUUUGAUGGCGCAGUCAUAGAAAUGUGGGCACAGUUCUCCGGCGUAGAAUUGCAAUCACUAAUAGAUUUUACAGUACGACUUUCUGACAAUUUACAUUCAAACGGCAAGCUUUUUGUACUCGUUAUUCCACCUCCUGUUUACUAUGAAGGCAUAGAAGGAAGAUUUAAAGAAGAGGAUUUUAAAUUAUUGGCCGAUUAUGUUGAUUAUUUUAGCUUAAUGACAUACGACUAUUCUUCACCUCAUAGGCCUGGGCCUAAUAGUCCUUUGCGUUGGGUAGAAGAAUGCAUUAAUCGUUUGGUUCCAAAGAAUUCUUUAAACCAAGCAAAAUUGCGUAGACAAAUUUUGGUUGGUUUAAACUUUUAUGGAAUGGAUUACUUACCUAAAAAAUUAACUGGUGAACCUAUUAGAGGCAAUGAGGUUAUUGAAAUAGCUAAGAGUUACCAACCGAACUUUAAAUGGGAUAAAAAAUGGGCUGAACAUAGCUUUUCGUACAAGGACAAAAAGUCGCAAGACCACUUGGCUUUCUAUCCUACCUUGAUGUCGAUAGCUCAACGUCUGCAAACUAUACUAUCCAGAGUUGCCGCUGGAUUUGAGAAUUAUUUUUUGAACUAUUAA